AAAUAGCUCUGAAUAAUGAGGUAAUGCAAUCCACACGAAGCGUUUGCUGUUGUGGGGAUAUUUGCUGCAAAUGUGCAAUAAUCCAAUAUCGAUACAUGAAUUAACUGAUGUUCCUUGCUUUCCACUCGCGUCUUACAGUUGUUGUGGCUCUCAAAAAAGAAACAAUCGUCUGAUUCUAUUCAUUGUUUGUGCUCGCCUCAUUUGCCUGUGAUAUUGACGUCGUGGUCUAGCUCUGCGUAGAACGAUGGAGAACGGCCAAAUGAACCAAAAUGUAUCGGUAGAGCCAGAGCAUUUGCAGUAUUUCCUGGCCAUGUUGGCAGAAGAGAACAUGGGGAAUGGGCCCGCCGGCGUUGAGGCUCUUGAGUCCAAGUUUGACGACGAGAUAUACAGAGUUGCGCUAGCCAUGAGCCCACUGGAUGCAGGCUCGCAAGAAAACAACACUUCGUUACCAAAAAUAGACCUAGCCAUGAUAGAUGACAUCAUCGGACCAGACCAGGAGAUGCAGAUGGACGUCGGUGCCCCUCCCUUGCCACCCACAGGUGGUUACCACUACCCGAUCUCCUCCCCACACAUGUACGACUCCAAUUACGGCUUCGGGCAACAACAGUUAAUACCCAAUGAGGAACUUUUGCAAACAGUCCCCGUUCAGAACCCGUCAGCGAUGAUCUCGGGCGCCAUCCCCGAGCAACUGGACUUUCUCCAGUUGCCCAUGGUGACCAUCGACCCAUCGCAGCUCCAGGAGAACGCAUCCUCCCAAACGAUGUCCGUCGAUGUCCCGCCGGAGGGCAUGUCUGUGGAGGUGAUGUCGGUCGACCAAUCAGAGGUCAUGUCCGAGGCCGUGUCCGAGGACUCGGCAACCACAGGAAGCACAACCACAGAGAGUGCUGCCGAGAGUCUCCCAAAGCAAGGCGGAGCCCACAUGACGGAAGGGGAGGGGCAGAUGGCCCAGAGGCAGGGAAACGGAGAACCCCCUCAGCUACCAGACUUUAAAGAACUCCUAAUCAGAAUUCGCUACCGUUCCAAAGAGAUGACCAGAGAGCUCAUCAAGAAUCCUAACGGCUGCCUGGUAUUUUACAACAAACCUUGGAACUUCCCGGUCCCGCCAGAACGCUCCCCUGCUGGAGUGGCCUUCCCAGAGAUCAAAAUGCAGGAAAGUGAAGGAAUAACAGAGAGUCAGUUCAAGUUUACGGAGCAGGUCCUUAAGGCUCUGGAGAAGGGGGUUUACCUCCGAUGCGAUGAUUAUGGUAACAUCUACGCCACCCGUUUCUGCCGGAGUAAGAUCUUCUGGUACAGCACAGAGAAAGGGCCAAUCGCCGAGGCCGAAAUCACACGGUCCAUGCCCAGCCUGACGUUCCAGAAACUGGAACGCAAUCAGGAGGUCAUGGUCUUCGACAACAUGCUCUUCCAGCGCAAGCUCUUGCACUACGUCAUCAACAAGCCCACGUUCAAGAACGAAGCGGCCAAGCAGGCCUCCGUCAAGCACACCAUACCCAUCAGCCCGGCCAUCUUCUUCACGUUUGCCCAGUCCUGGAACCCCAUGACCAGCGCCCUCAGCAGCUGUCUGGUGUCCAUGGUGGUCAACCCCGUGCGGGCCAGGAUGCAGCGGCAGUGGGGGAACGAGGACCGGCACGAGUCCUACGACUUGAGCAACUAUCGGCCGCAGAUCUCGGCCAAAAGCGACGCCAGUAUGAAAAGCUCAACCGAAAAACAACUACCGAAUGUCAGUCACUGAGUGAAGGUCAUUGAGUAACUAUGGGGUGUGUGACCAUCGGUUAAGUCUUGCAUCCUACACUGCAUUGGUUUAAUGUUCAACCCAGUCAACUUGACUUGACACAAGUGCUGUGCCACUUUUCUGAAACGUUCUGAAAUACUUCAAUCAAGUGUGCAGUUUGCAGUGAAAAUCGUGUCCGUCAGCGUCAGCAAUGUGACAUUAGCAUGAUGUUAUUUGACAAGAUAUAUUUAAUUACUGACUGAAUCCAUUGUAAAUGACCAUAAAAAUAUUGAGUAAAAGACUUUAAACAGCACUUAAUCAGGCCUAUUGUUCAUUUCCCAAUUCAGUCACAGUCGUAUUCUACCGGUUUUUUUUUUAAGGUACAACUGAUUUUUUUGAUCAGUUCGUGCCGGAGGCCGUGAUAACAUGCACUGGCUGUUUUUGUACCCAGGCAUGGCUGACGGAUUAAUACAUCUAGAUUGCAUUCGACUUGCUUCCGGGUGACGUCUAAACACGCUAAUCCCUCGUGCAUUUUGCACACACACACACAAAGUCUGUGUAGUCUGUGGAGUCAGACUCUGUGCUGACCAUUGUGUGGGCCGUUGUGCACGACCUAUUGCUGUACAAUUAACGCUCCAGUGCACACCCUGAGUAUUGAAACAUAUGAGGGUUCGGCAAGAAAUAAUAUACAAAUACUGUUGAAACCACUCUUGUGGAUCAGUAUUUGUGGCGUUUGGCUGUAUCACAGAAGUUGGCUGGAAAAAUUUUGCCUUUUGAAAAUUUCGAAAUUUUCAGCAAAAAUAAAUCCAGCGCGAAGUGGUUAAGGUAAUUCACACAUUUUAUAAAUUCUUCUUGCUAUAAACAUCCUACCACCGUUGAAAUUUUAUGUCUGAGGUCACAUAACAUGAAACGAAUAAAUUAGUCAUAAAAGGUCUGUAUAUUUGCAUGAGUCAUGGUGACUUACAAAUUAAAAUAUCACCCACGUACUGCAGCGGUAUUUACGGAAAGGGGGGGGGGGCAAAAAUGGAGGCGAAUUUCGAACAUACAAGCGGGGCCUAUAUUUGCUUUUUUGGGUGACAAUUUCUGUAUUUGAAGUCAUUAAAUGAGUAGUUGACAGAAAGAUGGGGGGGGGAGAUGAGACAUACCUCGUAAAAAAAAAAAAAAAA